AUGAAGUUCGCAGUGCUUCUUACCUCAAUCUCAUUCAUCCUUCCAUCCCUCUCUCACCCGCUGGAGGAUCGCGAUGCCCCUCAGACAGUUCACCUUACCUUCCACGGUGGCCCCGCGUCUUACGAGAUGACAAUUCCCGCCGAUGGGCAGGUGUAUCCUACAAACAACGACAUCUCCGUCAACAUCAUCGACGCACCGGACUACAACGCCCUCUCCCAGUGCACCUUCUAUACAAACGGCGAGAAGGCUCUGGUCGGCGGCAUCACGCCCCAGGGUCUCCAGCAGGUCAUCAUCGGACCACCGCAGCCCGUCACGGGAGUCAGCUGUCUCGGUAUCUGUGUCCCGACGUACGGGAUGUGCUACGAUCUCAACGGGCAGUACGUCGGGCCAUGUUGCAACGGCUUUUGUGCGGCGACGAGGUGUAGACCUUGGAUCCAGCCUUCUUGA